AUGUCCAUGUUAGCUAAGAUUGCCAAGAAUGUUGUUAAGACUUAAGCUCUUAAGAACACCACUGCAGCUUAAACCCCUUCUUUCUAAGCUCCUGGUAACCAAGACAAAAUCCUUAAGUGGAUCUCUACCUUGAGCAACAAGGCCACUACUGGUGAAUCUAGAUCAUACUGCACUCAACUUUCUUCUCUUGUCAGUUUCUACAACAAGCAACACGUUGAAUAAAUCCCUACCAUCGAUUUCAAUGAAUGGAAGAGUGUCAUCUCCACCCAAGGUUUGGUUGAUAAGGUUAAGGAAAACUACGAAUCUUUGAUUAAGGAACAAUACAACACUGAUGCUAUCUCCAAGCAAAUCAGUUCUGCUUCCUCUAAGGCUCUCGACGAUAUUGAAAACGAACUCUCCUUCCACGCUGCUAUCUGGUUGAAUGCUUACGCUGACUACACCAUGUUCCUUUUCGAACUUGAAGAAUACAACGACCCCAAUGACUACCUCAUGCAUGAAAACUUCGAUUUCUUCAGAGGUCUUGAAACUGAACUCGAAGAAUUAACCGAAACCCACAACUACAUUCCCGGUGCUAAGGAUGACGUCAACUUGAGAGGUUAUCUUGCCACUCAAUUCGCUUGGGGUAAAAAAGUUAUCAGUUUCUAUCGUCACCCUGCUGAUGAUUUCAAGUGUGCUAAGGCCACCAAGAAUAUGUUAGGUAGAUGA